UUCACCCCGGCGUUUUCUUUUGUUUUGAUAUCGGAGAUCAUUACUUCGCUCCACCAAACAUCGUUUCCCAAUGACAUUGACAUUGUCCUAAAUAAUCCACUGAGCAUGUUUCAGGCCCGCCAGUUUGAUCUCAGAUGUAACGUUUAAGAUGUGUUUGACAGAAAUGGCUAAAACAGGCGUGAUAACUCGCUUCCGUUAGCUGAGCAUCACCAUGGAGCUUGACUCGAUCAGAUUGUUCUUCUAAUGUCUGCAUAGAAACGAUUGCCAUUCAGUACUCCCAACAAUCGAGUGUGUUUUUAAUUUUUCUGACACAUUUAUAAAGCUUGUUUGUACGUUUUAAGACAACAAAGGAAGACGGCAGAUCUUUCAAUGGGCGAAGAGAAGCCAGAGACAUUGGAUUUUGUGAAGGACUUUCAGGAGUACCUGAGUCAGCAGACCCAACAUGUCAACAUGAUAUCGGGCUCAGUCAUUGGAGUUAAAGAAGGAGAUGAGAUCCAAGGAGAUCUUGGCCAGAAUGGUCUGGAGCACCCGGCAGUGGAUAUUUCCUUGGAGGACAGUUCAGGGAUGUUGGUUGAUGGCUUUGAGAGAACAUACGAUGGUAAACUAAAGUGCCGCUACUGUAAUUAUGCCACAAGGGGCACUGCACGGCUGAUAGAGCACAUUCGCAUACACACAGGUGAAAAACCCCAUAGAUGCCACCUGUGUCCUUUCGCCUCAGCGUACGAGCGCCACCUUGAGGCGCACAUGCGCUCUCACACGGGUGAGAAGCCCUACAAGUGUGAGCUCUGUUCUUUCCGAUGCAGUGACCGCAGUAACCUUUCUCAUCACCGUCGUCGUAGACACAAACUCCUACCCAUGAAAGGUGCGCGGUCCUCUCUCUCUCACCGAAAGAUGCUAAGUGUCCUGCAGAAGAGAGGAAGCUCUCUGGGUUAUGGUCGCCGCCUGCUCAUCAACCUCAGCCCUCCAUCCAUGGUGUUGCAGAAGCCCGGUUCUGAGCAGCACCACUUGGGUGACUUCAGUCAUGAUUUACCUUCUCAUGCCCAUCUCCAUCAAGAAGCCUAUAAUGGCCUAGGAAAAGAUCCACAGGCUAGUGGAUCAAUGGGAGGUGGCUCCAGGGAGCACCAGGACAUGGUAUUGGACAACCCACUGAACCAGCUUUCCACUUUGGCAGGUCAACUCGCCAGCAUCCCACCGGAAGCUCAUGGAGCCCCAGUAUCUCCUGGAGCCGAAUCUCUGCCGGAUGAGAAACCAACAUUUCUCGUCCAGCAGCCUGUAAUGGCACCUGCUGCUGUCUCUGUCAGUGCAGCCCAAGCUUCCUCUCCCAUCACCCCGGAACCCAGACCGGCUGCGCACAGCGGCUGUAGCCCAGGUGUGGGGCCCUGCAGUGAGAGAACCAGCACUCCUAGUGGCACAAACAGCCAGCCGGGAACACCCACCAGAGUACAAGAUCCCCAGAUGCUUCACCACUGCCCCCACUGUCAUAUAUAUUUUCCCGACAACAUCCUCUACACCAUCCACAUGGGUUGCCAUGGUUAUGAGCACCCUUUUCAGUGUAACAUUUGUGGACACAGAUGCAGGAACAGUUAUGACUUUGCUUGUCACUUUGCAAGAGGCCAGCACAAACAGUGACAGCUCUGAGUGGUACUGGCCCUUUUUUCCCAUUUUACAUGAAAAUGAAGUUGAAGUGUUUGUAACAUUCCAAAGACAAUAUUAGGUGACCAGGCUUUGUGUAAAUAUGUAAUUUUCUUUUGUCAAUAAAGCACAUGUGGAGUGUACACUUCGGAGAAAAGGACAGAAGAUAUCAAAAGACAUGUCUAAUUCAAGGGCCUGAGAUUUGACACGGCUGACGUGCCACAAUAUUUAAAAGUGCCAGAGUUUAGUUAUCAGUGCCUACAGAUGGUUUCCAAAAGUUGAGACUAUCAAAAGUCUGGAUUUAAAAUUUGUUUUGAAGUUAUGAAUUCAUGCAGCAAACAUUUUCAUUAGAAGUUUUAUUGCUCUUCUGUUUCAGUAUAAGCAAAAAUGUAAUUGCCAGAUUUGAUCAUUCUGAUCCUAUUUUAUUUAUUAAAAGGUAUUAAUAAGGUAAAUUAUUAACAAUAUUGAUUGCUUACUGGUUGAGACCUGUAUUAUUAUUUAAUUGAAUCAAACAUAUUAGUAUAGUGUAGGUAAGUGUCCCAUAAGAUUGUUGUCCACAUCUCAGUGGCCUGAGAUUUACAUGAUACACUAGCUAUUAAAAGCAGUGUUGAGACUUGUGUUUGAGGAGUGAGAUCACACUGUUUAAAACUACCUUCUCUCUCAUUACAACCACCAGUGCCAUGCUGUAGAUGUAGUUUGUAAUGUUUUUGGAAAUGUCUGUGGUGCUACAAUAAAAACGUUUCAUAUGCCUGUCUGCAUAGUGAAGUUAUCAGAUAAGUAUUGUAUAACAUGUUUUAGUGAAUUUGAUGUUUAAUGUCAAUAAAACUGAAUAUAUGUUGUGUACUA